AUGUUGUGCGACAAGUGUACUGACAUCCACUUCAAGCGGAUUGAAGACUGCGACGUAAUCCGAAAAGAGCCAGAUCGGCUGAAGGGAAGCGACUCUAUCGACAUAUUUCAUUGCUUAUUCUAUUUCCAUCACAAGAACAGACAUGAUUUGGAAAGAUCUGCCGACCGAGGCUGCCACUUCUGUGGUAUGCUUUGGGGUAGACUACUCGGACAGGAUGGCCGUCAUGGUCUGAUUUCUAAGUAUCGCUUUGCUCGCGGCGAGGUGAUUCUGCGCCGGUCUAUUGUAGAGAAGUGGAUUGACGAUAAGUCUGGCACUGGGCUACACGAUUGGAAUAAAGGCGACUGGAUCUACAUUCAAUGCGAGGACCAAAACUUCACAACUACGAGCUCCGAAGCGUAUUCAGGCGCAGUAGCCGCAAUGCUCGAGGCUUUAACGUCUUGCAAGGAUAUAGAGUCCUUAGGUCGAGCGAUGAGAGGUACCCCGGCGCUUUUGGACGACCCUGAGCUUCAAAAGAUCAACUCGGACCUUGUCCCAUCGCGAGACCCAAGCAUCUAUUCACCUUGGCUUGAUCUAUCGACCGCGUCACCAGCUAGUAUGGCACUUGCAUCCAUUUGGCUACGAAACUGCCUCGAAAACCACUUACCGUGCAAUAAUGCCCAGGGCGAGACUACAUUACCACGGCGCAUUAUCGACAUCACCUCUCCCCAGCACCCGUUUCUUGAUGACGGGAAUGAUAGGAAGGGCGAGUAUCUGACAUUGAGCUACAAGUGGGGAGAAAGUCACCGAUACGUGACGACGACGGAGACCGAGAGUAAACACCGAAAGGAAAUACCGCUGAAAGACCUUCCUUGGACGUUCAAGGAAGCCAUACACGUGGCUCAUAGUCUUGGAUUCCGUUGGAUUUGGAUAGAUGCCCUUUGCAUCCUUCAAGACUCUACGGAAGACCAGCUCCGGGAGAUAGGGCUCAUGGACCAGAUAUUCCGUUGGUCUACCUUAACACUUUAUGCAGCUGCUGGUAACAAUGCGGAUGCCGGACUAUCAGUAAAUCGAGAUCCUAGAUGCGUCAAACCAUGCUCCCUACCUUUGAAGACGACACUCGACGGCAAGACAGCCUCGGGGGAAAGCUACAUCAUGCUCGAUGGUGUCAACGUCAGUGGACCGCUGUUUGAACGUGGAUGGGUCUUACAAGAAGAAGUCCUCGCAUCUCGAGGGCUUAUAUUCGGAGAGCGCGAACUAGCCUGGCGCUGCCUCUGCGGAUUCUCUACUGAGAGUCGUCCAAAUUACAAGCACCGAGUGGACAGAUGGCAAGACCUAGGGCAUAAUCAAUACGACAAGUGGCGGUCAUAUUCCUCGGGAUUAGACGGAUUUGACACGCUUCGAAUGUGGCUCUAUGAGAAAGAUCCAGUUCCGGACCGGACACCAUGGCAACGAGAUAAUCAAUUUGAUCACUGGUACACCUUGGUAAAAGAAUACAGCCGGCGAUCUCUUACAUACUCUUCAGAUGUCCUUCCAGCUCUUUCUGGCCUCGCUAAUGCCUUGGCAAAAAAGCAUGGCUGCACCUACGUGGCAGGUCUGUGGAAAGAAGACCUGCAAAUUGGUUUGAUUUGGUAUGUGACAGGCAGGCCUUACCACUAUCGGCAGCUACUAAAGGAUCGUCCUGACGACUGGAACAUAAAUCUUCCGUCAUGGUCUUGGGCCUCACAAUGGGGUAAGGCCAUCAGCUUCCGAAAUUGGCAGAACAACAAUACCCAGAUUGUACCGGAGGGCAUGAAAGUAUACAGCGGCUUACAGCCCAUCAGCCCAUCCCAAGAAGUAAAAGCCGAUGCAACGAACAGCCUGAUAGUGACUGCUCGUGUUAGGACCGUAGUUGUCUACCAGACGACAAGCGUUGAGCAUAACGACCGAGAAGAUGCAUGUUGGAUCGCAGGCAUCAAGGAUCCAGUUUCUGGAGACAAAAUUGGCCAUAUAGCGUUGGACUCGGACCCUUCUCAAGUGCCGAUGCGACUAGUCUACUGUCUCCUUUGCACUGCCCGAGAGAAAUACGGCGAGUGGCAUCUCACUGGUCUUGGGCUAGUUCCAACGGACGAAUCUUAUGAGGAGUUUACUAGAGUUGGCCUUGCUUUCGUAAGGAAAAAGGGCUGGUUCGGCGAGUUGGACAGGUUGACCGAUGAAGAUUGGGGUUCUCCGAGGUCUAGGGACAGCAGGUAUCUGAGAACAGUCCGCAUAGUCUAAAUGUGUUCGUCUUUUCAACAUCUCAAUUUGCGACUUUUGAGUAGAUACAGUACUAGGGCAUAAGACUAGGCUCCUGGACUUGUCACUGCUUAGCUCCAAUCUUGCUUACUCGACACCACUGUGAAGGGUGGCCCAGCUAUUCAGUAGCCAGUCAGUCAAGAGGCAGUAAUACAGCUUUAAAAAUCUCUGGGCGUACCCCAAGCCUUGGAUUUAUGACUGCU